UCCGCUGCGGCUCAGGGCAGGUCCCGGGCGCUGGGUUCCCCAGGGUGGCCCCUGGCGGUGGAGCGCGGCGCUGAGAGGUCCCAUGCCCUACGGUGCUGCCCCACUCAGGAUGUCGGUGCCCCUGGCCGAGCUCCCCAAGCCCCUGGCCCUGGAAUAUCUCAAUGACUUUGACCUGCGGAAGUUUGAGGUCAAGCGCGAGCCGGCCGGCCCAAUGGGCGGGGCCUCCCUGGACCCCUCCCCCUGCAGCUCAGUGCCGCCCUCCCCCACGCUGAGCGAAGCGGGGCUGGGGGAUGGAGGGGACCCCAAGGCGGGGCUGGAGGAGCUGUACUGGCUGGCCGCGCUGCACCAGCAGAUGGCGGGGGGUGGGGAGGGCCUGGGGCUCAGCCCAGAAGAGGUGGUGGAGGCCCUGCUGGGGGGGGCGGCCGAGGGGGGUUUCUGCCCUGGGGGGCCUCUCCAGCCGCAACAGCAGCUCCCGCCCCUCCGGGCCCGUUUCUCGGACGAGCAGCUGGUGGGCAUGUCGGUGCGGGAGCUGAACCGCCGCCUGCGGGGCUUCGGCAAGGACGAGGUGCUGCGGCUGAAGCAGAAGCGCCGCACGCUGAAGAACCGCGGCUACGCCCAGUCCUGCCGCUUCAAGCGGGUGCAGCAGCGCCACGUGCUGGAGGCGGAGAAGUCCCAGCUGGCCCGCGAGCUGGACGCCCUGCGGGGGGAGCUGGCCCGGCUCGCCCAUGAGCGCGACCUCUACAAGGCCCGCUGCGAGAAGCUGCUGCCCCAGCCCCCCUCGCCCUCCCAGUUCUUCCUCUGAGCCGCCACCCGGGCGGGGGCCACGGACACUGGGGGGCGGCCUGCAGGGGGCGCUGCUCCGGGAAGGCCCC